CUCUACAGCAAAGUCUAGGGACGAUAUAUUGUGGCGUUUAGGCGUGAUUGGCCGCACAAAAAUGAAGAAAGCUGUACGUUCGGACCCCUGUCUCUCUCGAAUGGGUUUGGCGCGGACAUUGAGGCCAACGCGCUGCUUCCCUCUAGUAGUACGCGCUGAGCAAACCACCCAGACGACAUCACAAGAGGUUAAGGUCGAGAGCGGGGUGUCAAGUUCUGGUGCUUCAACGCCCCCGGUGGCAACACCACCGGUGGUGUUGCCAUCGGAACGGGGAAACUUAGGCCUUGCGGUUGGGGCGGUUGCUGCGGCCGUGCUGUUGUUUUCUUUGCCACGCUUCGGAGCUCCUGCGCCCUCGUUGGCUACGCUGGAGCAGAGGUCCACACCGCUUGACGUAGCCCUCACCAAUGGCCGGCCGACAUUAGUGGAGUUCUACGCCAAUUGGUGCGAGGUAUGCCGUGAGCUGGUACCGGACGAGUUCGAGCUCGAGAAGCGGUAUCAGGGCAAGGUGAACUUUGUGAUGCUGAAUAUCGAGAACUCUAAGUGGGCGCCUGAAGCUGCUGAGUUUGGCGUCCGGGGCAUCCCGCAUUUCGUGUUUUUCGAUAAGACGGGCGAGCCGCUGGCUGCUGCAGUCGGUCGAGUGCCUCGGCAAGUCCUCGAGGGAAACCUCGAGGCGCUGGCGUCGGAUGCUCCGCUGCCCUUCGCGGGUGCGCAAGGCAGGACCUCCAGCCCUGUGGCGCCUGCUGGUGCAAUGGCUGGGCCCCGGCAGACGAUGCCCCGCGACCACGCCUGA